CUGAAGCUGAAUAACCUGAGCGCACAGAUGAUGAGCGGAAGCGCCAGUGCGCAACUCCCCAUCAUAAUCUGGCGGAGCAGCAUCGCUGUCUUUUCAGCUCCACUCACUGACAAUCCAACCAGCCGAGAGACAGGACGGGAGAAAACUGACUCCUCUGCAACCUGUAUGAAAUUUUGAUUUGAACAGAGUUUUCAGCUGCUGAAAAUACUACUUAAGAAUUUAUUGGUAUGUGUUUUUCAAAACGGAGCGACCAUGUGGUUGAUGGAUGUAUGAUUUGCUGAAUCUUUUACUGCAGCUAUUUUUUUAACACACUAUAACUGUACAAACUUACUUUUCCGAAUAUUUUGAUAUACUUUGGAUUGUUAGAAAAUGCCCGCAACCACUUCAACAGAUGAGCUGUGUCAAAACGGACGCACGGUGCGGAGCCAGGAUGCUACAGGUAGUCGUUUCGUUUGUAACGCCAUUCCCCCGGGCGCAGAGCCGGGUUGCGCGUACGGUCCAACGGGGAACCGCGUCCAAAGCAGCAGCCCUGUGGAGGACGAGCUGCGGAAUACUAUCAUCCAGCUCCGGGAGACCAUCCUGCAACAGAAGGAAACCAUCGUGAGCCAGCAGGGAACCAUUAAGGAGCUCAACUCCAAGCUGACACGCUGCGAAGCGGCAGCAGACGAGUCGACGCAGGGCAAGUCCCGGGGUCAGGGCUCCAGACGGAAGGAGCUCGGCAAGAACACCAUGGGAGACCUGCCCCGAGACCCCGGUGAGACCAUAGACCAGCUGGGCAAGACUAUGCAGAGUCUGAAGGGUCGACUGGAAAACUUGGAGCAACAGAGUUUGCGUCUCCCCACCACGAAUGUAUCAGCCGGGGGUGUCUCGGUCCUGGCCCCCUUGCCACCGGAGCUGAAGGAUCUGCUGCGGCAGCGUCUGGGGGUGCUGGAGACGCAGCUCCUCCGGAAGGUGGCUGAGCUGGAGGAGGAGAAGAGCCAGCUCUACAACGAAACGGCGGCCCACCGCCAACGCACAGAGAGCACUCUCAAUUCCCUCUUGGAGAGGAUCACUGAGCUGGAGAAAAGUAACAGUGCCUUCAAGUCACCAGAGGACUUCAAGGUGUCCCUCCCUCUUCGUACAAACUACCUGUAUGGACGCAUCAAGAAGAGCCUCCCAGAAAUGUACGCCUUCACUGUGUGCAUGUGGCUCAAAUCCAGUGCCAGUCCUGGCAUAGGAACACCAUUUUCUUACGGCGUGCCAGGUCAGGCCAACGAGAUAGUCCUCAUCGAGUGGGGAAACAACCCUAUUGAGCUACUAGUUAAUGACAAGGUGGCCCAGCUUCCUCUGUCAGUGAGCGACGGGCGCUGGCAUCACAUCUGCAUCACUUGGACAACCAGAGACGGCUUCUGGGAGGCGUACCAGGAUGGAGAGCGUCUGGGCACCGGGGACAACCUGGCCCCCUGGCACCCAAUUAAACCUGGAGGGGUGAUCAUCCUGGGCCAGGAACAGGACAUAGUUGGAGGCCGUUUUGAUGCUACCCAGGCUUUUGUGGGCGAGCUAAGCCAGUUCAACAUGUGGGACCGAGUGCUGCGGCCUGUGGACAUCGUGGGUCUGGCCAACUGCUCCGCUUACAUGCCGGGCAACGUGGUUCCUUGGAUUGAUGCAAAUGUGGAAGUGUUUGGCGGGGCGAGUAAAGCUGCCUUGGAGAUCUGCGAGGAUCGUGCGUUUGACUCCUAAAGGAUCUGACGGAAGGAAGUAAAGUACGGCUGCUAGGAUCAAGCAGCUUUGUAUUCUGACUUUGUUGCCGCAGUGGUGUCCCUAAGGGAAGGGCAAGGGUGCAACAUUUUUACGUAUUUAAGCUCUGACUGCGUCGAUUCGAAAGACUCAAUGUUUAUUGGACUCACAUGUUGAUGCGCAGUUUGAACCGGAGACGGUUCAAGGAGACCUACAAUUAGUCCGCUCAUCUGAAGAAGCUAUGCCGUUGCAUCAGUCCGUUGUGAUGACAUGACCUCACGUCAUUCUGUGUUAUCUCGUCAGUAGAUCAGCUCUCAUUUGACACCUCUUUGAAAUACAGCUCUUUUUGAUUGCGUUUCUUACAAUGCUGCACUGUAUCUGUAGUGAAUGUGAGCUGGAGCAGACUUUGAUGUGCUGAGGAACACGCUUCCUGAGUAACACAGUAGAGUACUACACGCUGUGAGCUCCCUGAUGUUUAAAGAGCAAUGAGGCGCCGAUCAAAUGAGGUGGUUGCUCGAGGGUUCAAAGUGGACGAGAGCAAAUCCGCAUGGAUGAUUAUUUUGAGACAUCCCAGCGCGUCAGAAUGUCUACAUAUGAUGCAUGAGCCCGGGCAGUAACUGAAAGUCAGCUUGAAAGUGACGGUGCAUGCUUUCUGUCACUAAACAGAGUGCAUGUGAAACGUCCAAACAGGCCAAUGCAGCGCUCUGACAUUAUGUAAGAGAGUGUUGGUGUGUGUGUGUGUGUGUGUGUGUGUGUGUGUGUGUGUGUGUGUGUGUGUGUGUGUGUGUGUGUGUGUGUGUGUGUGUGUGUGUGUGCGUGCGUAUGGCUUGUCUUGCAUGUAAAAAGAUCACAGAUUAUGAGCGAGAGAGGACAUUUUCAUUCUUGUCAAUCUACGCUUAAUACCUCUCUGCCCCUUGAGCAGCUGCCAUGUCCCAAACAGCUUUACGGACGGGCUGGCUCUGCUCAGGUUAACAGUGAUGUCGGACAGAUGCCCAGGACUGGCGUAUUGACUGAGCCGUGGACCGGAGCCCAAAGCCCAGAGCCCAGAGAGGGCAGGGACUGGAGUUAACCUUCAAGGACAAUCCUUAAAUCCUCAUCUGGGUAGUAAUUAUCUGAGCUCAUGAAUGAGGGUAGCAGUCAGCUCACUGAGUCAUAAUUGAUACGUUUGAAGACACAGGGAGGGUGCCAAAUGAGAGCUGUGGAAGUUAUGAAUGUCGAUGUCAGCUGGUCUUUAGUCGUAAUUGCCUCUCAGUGAACAAGAAGAAUAGCUCUAACCAAUUGAUAUGUAUUUGUUAAAAAAUUUCACUGCGUAGUGAAUAAAAUCAACGCUUUUUUGAGGCCUAAGUUAUGUUGCUUCUUAAUGUUGUGGCGGGCAUUUGUUUGAAAGCUUUUUGUGCUAAAUAAGCAGUAAAAUACUAAUACAGAGCCUGGUGCUGGAGCCUCAUAAGGAAGCAAUGUUAAAGAGUCAACAAAACUCUAACUUUGGAAUCAACUCCAGAGCUUCUUUUUUCCUCUGUAGAUUUUCUGAACGGUCAACAGCUGGUAAAAAGCUUCAAUCCCCGUUUGAAAAAUGCAGUGACAGGACAGCGCAGAAUGUUAUAAAAGUGAGGGUGCACACUUUACAUUUAAAGGACUUGUUGGAAAUGUCGCAAACAUGUCGUGAUUGUUCCUCUUUUGAGUGUCUUUGUUAACAAUGUUACAUUGUAAAAUCAGGAGACGUCUUUUUCUGUAGAAAGUGUUUUCUUCAUACUUUUUUCUGCUCAUGAUUUUUGUCCAUUAGCAGCACAUAAAGAACAAAAAAGAAAAGCUUGUAGAAAUGCUUUGUUUAUAUGGUGAAUGGCCCUUUCUUGUGAGAACCAUAUGUGCUUCUGCCUGUGGACAAUGAUUGUUGUCACCUUUUUAAAGCACUAGCAGCUCACUUGCAGCACAGAGAACAAGAGACAGGAGGAAAAAGACAAAUGUGUUUGCUGAUCUUUGUUUUAAAGUCACCUUUCUGCCAUGUGGUUGAAUGUCCUUUUGCACCCAAUAAAAGAAAAGUGAACAAGUUG